UUUUCUCAGGCUGUGCGCCCAUCUGGGCGAUGACAUUGGUUGGAUAGAGGAGCGUCUAUUGCAGCAUCUGGCGAUCUCGUAAAGAAGCGUCAUAUAUGAAUGCAUAUUUUUUGAGUUUCACGAUUGUGUUGAAGGAGAAUGCAGCAACGAGAUCCGUGUCACUGACCGGGUCUGUUUCCGGUUCUUAAGUGGCUGGCUGGUGUUUCCCCAUCACCAAGUGCAUGGGGAAAGUGGCACACACCGAUGGCAUGGACACUUGCGCAAGGUCUGCCGCUCUGCCCUGCUACCAGAGCCUAUUCGCACUCAGUCCCCAACCACCCUCUCCUCCGUCCUCGCCCCUUGUCAGCCCCGAGAGCACUGCAGCACCGCCACCGGCCGCUCCUGAGCCACAGCAGACGGCAUGAGGAGGCUUGAUCCGGUGCAUUUCUCCAUGCUCUUCAUCGGGGUCUCCUUCGCCUGCUACGCCCCGAGUUUGGAUUCUCUGCAGGACCAGGCUUACCGAUCGGCCGUGGUGAUCGAAGGCGAGGUGAGCGCACUGCCCGCAAACGUCUCCGUGGAGCCCUACAGUGUGAAUGUCAAAGUGCUGGACGUGUGGCCGGUGAACAGCGGCGGGCUGGAGCGCGAACAGCUCGUCACCGUCGGGGAAUUCGGCUCCGAGGCUCCGUGCGUUGCGGUGGAAAAGAACCACAGAUAUAUCUUUUUCAUGGACCCUACAGAGGAGCCUUUAGUAUUCAAAGCAUCGUUUGCUCCUUUGGACACCAGUGAGAAGAAUCUCAAAAAAGAUGUGGAGAGCAUAUUGUGUGAAGACUGCGCGUCAUCUCCAAAGGUGAAGUCCAUGGAUUCUCAGUGGCUACUGGAAGGUAGAAAGCUGACACUGAAGUGUGAAGCCACAGGCAGUCCAAGCCCUUCCUUCAAUUGGUACAAAGAUGGCAGCCAGCUCCACAAGAGAAAAGACAUCAAAAUCAAAUCCAGCAAGAAAAACUCAAAGCUUCACAUCAGCAGAGUGAGACUGGAGGACUCUGGGAACUACACCUGCAUGGUGCAGAACUCACUGGGCAGAGAGAAUGCCACCAGCUAUGUCAACAUCCAAAGCAUAACCACGACAUUGUCUCCAGGCUCAAGUCAUGCCAGGAAGUGCAAUGAAACGGAGAAGACGCACUGCGUUAAUGGUGGAGACUGUUAUUUCAUACAUGGUAUAAAUCAGCUGUCCUGCAAGUGUCCAAAUGAUUAUACCGGUGAACGCUGUCAAACCUCCGUUAUGGCCGGUUUCUACAAGCAUCUUGGAAUUGAAAUCAUGGAGGCUGAGGAGCUGUACCAAAAACGUGUGCUGACGAUAACUGGCAUCUGCGUGGCACUGCUGGUGGUUGGAAUCGUGUGUGUGGUGGCAUACUGCAAAACCAAGAAACAAAGAAAGAAGAUGCAUAACCACCUGCACCAGAACAUGUGUGCAGAGCAUCCAAACCGUAUGCUGGCCAAUGGACCCAACCACCCAGGCCUUGGACCAGAGGAAAUCCCCAUGGUGGAAUAUAUAUCAAAGAAUGUCCCAGCAACUGAGCGAGAAAUACGGCAUGGAACAGAGACAUCAGGCAAUUUCUCAGGCAGUCGAAUGUCGUCGAGGUCCCACCACACUUCCACAGCUUCUCACACUUCCAGUCAACGACAUGAGGAGCGCACAUGGAGUAUGGAAAGGACAGACAGCAUACACUCUGACUGCCAGUCGGGGGCGCUUUCUUCUUCCGUCGGCACUAGUAAAUGCAGCAGCCCUGCGUGUAUGGAGGCUCGUGCUCGCCAGGCAGCAUACUGUGGUUAUCCUGAUGCUCCACAGUGCCCCCUAAAGUAUGGAGAUUCUUACGACUCACUGCGGGACUCACCUCACAGUGACAGGUAUGUGUCUGCUCUGACCACACCGGCACGUCUGUCUCCAGUGGACUUCCACUCCUCACUGCCCCCGCAGGUGCCUACCUUUCAGAUCACCACACCAAAUGCCAGCCACGCCCUCUCCCUGCCACCUGCUGCCUCGGCUGUCGCCAUGGGAGCCUAUUCGCCUGAUGAUGACCAGCCCCUGCUGCACCAUUACCGCCGCUCCCGUCGGCCGUAUUAUGCGGCAGAGAGCACGGGCUCCCUCCCGUCUAGCCCGUACCGCUUUGUGGACGACGAGGACUACGAGACAACACAGGAGUAUAUGUCCUCCCGGGAGCAACCAAAAAAGAGCAGCAGUGGCCGCCGUUGGCGCAGGAGAUCGCGAUUCAACGGACACGUAUCGCAGAGCACAUCAGGACCCAGGAACUACAGCUCGCAAAGUUGCCUGUCAGAAAGCGAUUGGGAGGAUGACGAGGUAGGCGACCUCGGCCAUGGCGAGAGUACGCCGUUUCUCAGUAUGCAGAACAUGAACGCCACAGAACCGGCCACCAUAUACCGACCCAAUGACACGCGGACUUACAGCAACACGGGACACUCUUCUUCCCGUGGCAAUGUGCAGACGAACAAACUGUCGCAGUCUUGGUCCAGACCGGACAAUGCACCCCUUUAAAAAAGACAGACAAAACAAGGAUGAACUAACAUAUCUAGGAGUGAAAAACAAAUGAUAUGCUAAAGACCUGCACCUAUGAGAAAUAUUUUUUAUUUUAUAUAACAGACAGAUAUUCUAAACAAAUGAAAUAUUUAUUUUCAUUUCAGCAAAAAUUGUCUACUAGCUAGCAGCAAAGACUUUUUUUAUAGGGGGAAACUAUUUGUAUGUAAUUUCUUUUUUUGAUUUACAGCAUUAUGAAAAAGAAUUACGUGCCAAAUUUUUCACAAAAUAGAAAUAGAAUAAUAUUGUGGUGCCUUUUGCUGUUUGCCGAUGAGGGAGGUUCAGUUGAGUUUUUGUAGCCUUUCUUAAACAGACUUCUGGGUUUUAUAGACAUGUUUGUCUAUCUUUUUUGUUUGUUUUGUUUAUUCAGGAUCUCCCCAUUUGAACUGUGAUAUUAUUCAGACACCAUGCAAUAUUGAAUCACUUUUGUGUAAGGUGUUUGUUUACAUGAAUAGGAUUGACAUGACAGAAGUUAAAAUGCAAAAGAUGCAGAUUUGUUCGAAUACCAAUCACACAGAGUGGUUCAUCAAAAUCAAUCAGAUCGCUGUUUACUUUUGAUUUUUGUUUUGGUUUUGUUUAUUGUUUUUUCUCAACUGGUCAUCGCAUAUUGUUUCCAUGGAAACAGAGGUUUGCAGGAGUUCGCAGGGCAUGGCACUGGGUCACAGUAUCGGUCCUGGGGUUCAGGGUUUUCAAAAACGGUGGUCUGUGCGUCCAAUGAAUGUGUUUACACUUCUGUGGGUGUGUGACAGUAGUGUUUGAAUGUUUGAAACUCAGUGUAUAGGUAUGUGUUUUUGUGUAGACAGUAGUGGCUGCCUUUUCGUGUGAGGAUACAUUUAGUUUGUGCGUUUAGCAUUGUGUUUGUCUUCAGGUUAACGUUUUGAAUGUGUGUGUUUGUGAGUGUAGACAUACGCCUGUGUGUACCAGUGCUCCAGUAAAUGUGUGCGAGUAUGCUUGUAUUCUUUUAUGAUGAAUGUUGACUUUGUCAAAAGGAAACUAUUUUUCAGUUUUGUUUAGAAAUAAAUGUAACACAAAUGGAUUAAAGGGAUAAUUCACCCCAAAAUGUAAAUGCUAUCAUUAUUUACUCACCCUCGUUUGGUUCCAAACCCAUAUCCGGUUAUUUCUUUUUGUUAUUUCAAUAAAUAAAGGAGAAUGAUUAAAUAAUCUAAAGAUCUCAGAGAAGAACAAAAAUGUAAAAUUCUUAAAUAUAUAAUUUCGAGUUUGACUUGAAGUUAACAGUUUACAGAUUUACAAGGACAAAACAUUUACUCACAUUUUCAUUUUGGGGUGAACUAUGCUUUUAAAACAACAUAGAGAGACAUGCUGGUAACUUUGCCACCCCUUGUGGUGAGAAAAGCUCAUUGCACUGUAAUCUUCCUUCCAUGUGUAGUCAUUGGCCGCAGUGCUGCCUGCGAGGGAACCAAUCCAGCCUGAUUCUAGCCUACAAGGACCUACAUAUCUCCUCUUAGCCCACAUGUUCCCAUUCCUAUGCCAGCAGCUUUAAGCCGCACUGUGUCUCAGGACUUUGCAUCAAAAAUGACAUUAUCCAUAACGCACCUGUCCUACUCGGAACAGUUCUAUUAAUGCUGUUGUGUCUAUGUCAUGCUAGUGAGACUAUGAAGGAUGAUAUGUCCAGCUUUGUUUGUCAGUGGUCCAUUGUUAUAUUUGUUAGCUUCAAAAGCUUCAAAAGCUUUGGCCUCUUUUCACAAACAUUUGGGUCCAAAAGUCUGAGACCGCUACUGCCCUACAUAGGCAAAAUGCAGUAACUACACCAACAGUGUGUUUUCAGAUUCAGUCUGUUUUCUCAGAAUCUGAACAUAGCUGAGCCAAAUGUGUUUGUCACAGGAAAGAUAAUAGUUUAAGUGGCCAGAUUUAACUAUAUGUUGAAAAUAAAUGUGUAGUUACUGCAUUUUCCCUUUGUUGAGGUAACACUUUACAUUAAUAUUCCCUUUACAUUCAUGCAUUUGGCAGACAGUUUUAUCCAAAGCAACUUACAGUGCAAUUAUUACAGGGACAAUCCCCCCCAGAGCAACCUGGAGUUAAGUGCCUUGCUCAAUGGUGUUGGCUGUGGGGUUCAAACCAAGGACCUUCUGAUUAACAGCCCUGUGCUUUAGCCACUACGCCACCAACACUUUACAUUAAUGUUCAUUUUGUUGAGGGUUAACAAAGGGGUUCAUUAUAAAUAAUGUUUUAAUGCACUAUAAAUCAUUGAUAUGCAGAUAUAGGAACAUGUAUAAAAGGGAGAAUUUCAUGCAAUACUUGCCAAAUAGUGAGCCAUUUUACUUCACAAGUUCUAAUUGCUUAAUAACACAUAUUCAACAUUAGUAAUCUAUGAAAAUGUACCUUAAUUUCAAGUGGACACAUAUGAAGCAUUUAUUAAUGAUUUACCAUUAGAAACAUAUGUACAUAAAGUUUUAUGUGCUUUAAUGGUCAUCAGGCUUUGUUAUAUGAUAUAUGCUGUGACUGUGCAUGAAGACCAGAGAAGUGUUUUUGUAGAGGACUUUAGGUAACUAGGACUAGCUAAGUCGGGACAGCACUCGGAGUAGCACCAUUGUUUUGACAUCAACAUGGCAAGGAAAGUGACAACACAAGUGAGUCAAGACAUUACAGUAAUUAAUAUAAACACAGAAAGCACAGGGCUGUUAAUCAGAAGGUCACUGGUUUGAACCCCAAGGCCACCACCAUUGUGUCCUUGCGCAAGGCACUUAACUCCAGGUUGCUCCGGGGGGAUUGUCCCUGUAAUAAAGGCUCUGUAAGUUGCUUUGGAUAAAAGCAUCUGCCAAAUGCAUAAAUGUAAAUUAUUUAUUAGUCAUUGAUGAACCCCUUUAUUAACUCUUAACAAAGGGAACUUUAAUAUAAAGUGUUACCAGAUGCUUCCUGAAAGUCCCCUUUUAAACCUUUGUUUAAAUUGUUUAAAUAUAUAAAUACCACUUUUUAAAGGCAGUCUCAGACUUUUGAACCCUGCUGUAUAUCUGUAUGCAAGCUGGAGACUUGCUCUUGUUAAAGUGUGUUUGACGACCACUAGAUGUGGAUUAUAAAGUGUAAACCCCUACUUCCCGAGUCCAGCGACCUACAGUACAUUUAAGAAGACAAACAACAAAACCCACUUGCAUACGCAUACUUCUUAGACACACAUGCAGAUACAUACACUUACAUACACACUCGCUCAAGAUUCAUUCUAUAUACUCACCUUUAAACACUGUCAUUUAAAGCACCACUUGUCCCACAGAUUUCUUUACUUCCUGUCGUUCUCUCUCUGUUUCUCCUGUUCUUCCUCUCUGCCUGUAAAGGCAUCUCUCCCUCUGCAUGUUCUAGUGGUUCAGGUAGUUGGAUGCAUGGUAACCGCAGCAACUGAGUCGUAUUCACAUGGUGAAAGUGUAGUAUUCAUUUGACAUUCAGCAAUAAAUCCCCUUUUUUCAUGUUCAUUCUUGACUUUGAAUAUGCUAGAAAUUUUUGCAAGUUUUCUCAAAAAAAUAGUACUUGUAAAAAAAACUAAACAAAAUCAAACCACUUGUUCAUAUGGAAAAAUUAAAUCUUAA